GAUUCACGCCACUGAAACACAGCGGUCAGCAGCGAUCAGCAGCGUACGGGAGAUAAAUCUAGCAAUACCUUGUGCUUGUUGCUGUAUCUGUCAGCGGAAAACUGGCUAUUGGCUAUUGACCAUAUACGUAACCAAUUGCUCUGAUGCAUUCACUAUAAUUUGAGUGACACAGAGACGCAGUCCUCAGUUCAGUUCAGAGUCUAGUGUCCAGCAUCAACAUGGGUCUGGGAGCCACUACAGUGAAGCAUCUGCUGCUGUUGCUCAAUUUUGUGUUUGCCGUGCUGGGACUGGUGCUGAUUGCCUUUGGAAUUUUCUUUUUGAUCAGCGCCGCCGAGAAUGCAGUCAGCAUUGGUGAGAACGUGGCUGGGGGCCUAAUCAUUGGCCUGGGCGCUGUCAUCCUCAUCAUAGCGGUCUUUGGCUGCCUGGCGGCCAUUCACGAGUCGCCACUUCGGCUGCUGAUGUACGUGGGAGUUGUGGUGCUGUUAAUCCUCACCCAACUGCUGUUCCUCAGCAUGGCCUCGCACGGCACCAAAGACGGCCUCUCGGGCAGCAUCAACGAGGGCUUCGAUCGUCUGUGGGAGGCGGAGCGCAAUGAGUCGGGAGCGCUGGCCUACUAUGAGAACUGGCUGCACUGCUGCGGCGUCAACAGCUCUGAGGAUUACUGGAUCAUCCACCAUGCCAUACCCUCCAGCUGUUGUCUGGACAACAAAUGCGUGGACAGCACGAGUGUCUACAAGGCCGGCUGCAAGGCCGAGUUCAUGGAGUACCUCGACGACAAGCUGCUCGUGUUCAAGAUUGUCUGCUGGCUGCUCAUCCUAGGCGAGGCUGUUGGAGCGGUGUUCGGUUGGCUGCUAUACAGCAGCGUCAAGAACCAGAGUCGUCGCAACAAUGCGGUCUGGAUGUAAGGCGCAGCUUAGGUUACACAAGUAUUAAAUUAAAUAACA